AUGGCCACUAUCGUCUUCGCCCCCGGUGCAUGGAUCACUCCAGACUUUUAUCAGCCUUUCCUCGAUGCUCUCAACAAGGCCGGGUAUCCUGUCCGCUAUGCUGGAUAUCCCUCUCUGGACCCCGCCGAUCCCACGAGCGCAGACUGCAAAGCUGAUUCCGAUGCCAUCGCCAGCAUCAUCCGUCCGCUAGUGGAAGACGAGGGCCGUGAUGUCCUUCUGGUCAUGCACUCCUACGCAGGAAUGCCUGGAGCCGCGGCCGCCAAAGGACUUGCCAAAACGGAACGAAUGCAACAAGGCAAGUCUGGUGGCAUCGUAGGAAUGGUGUUCAUCGCGGCUUUCCUGGUUCCGGAAGGAUUAAGUUGUGCGGGAUUACAGGGAGGGUAUCUCCCCCUGAACAUCCCCGAUGACCCGGCUGGCAACUUUGCCGCUGAUUUUGAUGAAGACGUGGCCCAAAGUCUCGCGGGUUACAUCCGGCCUCAUUCCACGUUGGCGUUCAACUCUCCCCAACCGGCUCCAGCUUGGGCAGACCAGGCGUAUGCCGGACGACUGGCAUUUAUUGUUCCUACACUGGACAAGGCUCUUCCCGAGGGAGCUCAGCGUGCCAUGAUCGCCGCUACUCAGACGGAUUGGAUCGUUGAGGAGAUGGUCUGCAGUCACUGUGCGCCGUUCGUUAAUCGGAUCGACGAAUGUGUAAGACUGCUGCAGGGAUUUCUCGGCGUGUUUGAGGGUACGAAGAACUGA